AUGUCUCAAGCUGAAAUACUCGACAUGAAGACACAAACCUAUAUUGGGUGGGCUGUCACAGACAAGGAGUUUGAGGCCAUGCGAAAGAAGAAGUUAUCGAGCUCUCUCCUGAUUUCUAUUCGCUGGGUUAUUGUCCUGCAAGCCGCGAUACAAUUUGUGCCCAGCUCUCCAGAGAGAUGUACAACCCUCAUCGUCUUGAAUGACAUCCUAUGGCAAGUUGGUGCCUUGCAGACGUCUCUAUUUGCUGCAUGGCGCGUGUUUGCGCUCUGGGACCGCCGUGGGAGAUAUACGCUUUCACUACUCGUUUUUACUUUCGGCGUACUGCCUAUUGCGACAAACACCGUGCGCAUCCUCACACAUACGAGAUCUUCUCAGCAUAAACUGAUCGUUGGGCUGUUCAGUAUUUUCUCGUCCGCUCUGAUCUGGGAUACCAGGGCGCACCACUAUUUGUAUGUACGGCGGUUUUACGCUUUCCGAGCCGUCUGGGGUCGUUGUGCGUGA